GCUCCGCGGCGCCGGCUGCCGCCUCCGCAGCCCCGGAUUGCUUUGCCCAUGGGGCAGCCGCGCCGAGCCCUCGGGAGCCGCCGCCGCCGCCGAGACGUGCGCUAGGGCGAUCUGGUGACUAUAGGAUCACCCUCAGAUGAGCCACCCAUAGCCAGCCCCACUGCCAGGGCUUGCUGCCCCAGGACAAUGAGGAGCCGUCUGCCAGCCUAACAGGAAGAUUUUGUGGCAGCACUUACUUUUUUCUUCCCAAACCUCCUGAAAUUUCAUGUGACAGCAGAGCCCCUUUCUGUGCCCCCCUCGCACCACCUGGCAGCCAGGGGCUCAGUGGUGGAGGGCCAGCACCAUGGCAGCCAAGCAGCCCCCACCGCUGAUGAAGAAGCACAGCCAGACUGACCUGGUGAGCAGGCUGAAGACGCGCAAGAUCCUGGGGGUCGGUGGGGAGGAUGAUGACGGCGAGGUGCAUCGCUCAAAGAUUAGCCAAGUACUGGGAAAUGAAAUCAAGUUUGCUGUCCGGGAACCACUGGGGCUCAGGGUCUGGCAGCUGGUUUCCGCCGUCAUGUUCUCUGGGGUCGCCAUCAUGGCCCUUGCUGUCCCUGACCAGCUUUACGAUGUCAUCUUUGAUGAGGAAUCAGCAAGCAGCAAGACUCCCAUCCGGCUCUAUGGCGGAGCCCUCCUCAGCAUCGCGCUCAUCAUGUGGAACGCGCUCUACACGGCCGAGAAGGCCAUCAUCCGCUGGAGCCUGCUGGCCGAGGCUUGCUACUUCACCGUGCAGUUCCUGGUUACCACUGUCUCCCUGGUUGAGAGUAGCCGGAUAGCCACAGGUGCCAUGCUCCUCCUGGUCAGCCGAGUCCUCUUCAUCCUCAUCAGCGUUUAUUAUUAUUACCAAGUUGGACGCCGUCCCAAGAAAGUCUAACUCCUGGGCUUUUUGUGAUGGGAAGGGUGGGAGGGAGGGGUUUGUGUCGGUAAUUUUGCAUUAUAACUUUAUAUUUUUGCUAGUCCUUUUUUGUUCUAAAGUGGUUUCCUUUUUCACUUACCGGCGUGAAUCGGUGUGUAACCCAGUGCUGGUGGAAUUGCCAGGUGAAAUGGGGGGAAAUUAUGUGGGGCAGGAUCCCCCAGCCCCUCUGCAGGAGGGGAGGAGCAGCAGGAAGCAGGCUCAGGGAGGUGUGCAGGCCUGGCAGGCUCAGGGAAAGGAGCCAGUUUCCAGAGGGGGAACUGGCCAAUGGGAUCACAGGCUCUGAACCCGCUGGAACAAAGCACAAAAUAGGAACAGCACAUUGAAACCAAAUCCCUGAGGAGACAGGGCAAAGGAUUCAGCUACUUCCCUUGGUAAGCCUGGCACCUGCCUGGUGGAGUGUGCCCUCCUGUACAGCCCGUUCCCCUUUUAGCAAGUACUGACUGGCCAGGGAGCUGGGAGCUGGACAGGGCCAGGUCUAGUUCAGGGCUUUGAAAACAGCUGCUCUUUCUUCCCUGCCAGAGGUCUGAACCCACUUCUAGUUUUGUACCAGGUGCUGCACAAAGCUUGGCAGGAGAUAGAGCAAGAGAAGAAGGAGGUUUCUUGCUUGUUCCCUUUGCAGGCACAGCAAUGCGAACAGCAGAGCAGCUUGAAAUACAGUCUGAGAGAAGUGAAGGAAGCUGUUGGAAAUAGCCAGUUGAGCACAAAGACGUCCCCUUGCUUGGGAUGUUUUGUGAAGUUUCCAGGCUGGGGUCCUGUCCCUUCACACCAGAACACUUUUGACAAUUGCAGCUUUACUGAUGGUAGCAGUAGGGGGUGGGAGGUAGCAUCUGAUACUUUAGUUAAGCAGUGGCUGGGAAGAGCAAGUGUCACUACAGCUGCUUGGGUUAGUGAGCAGCCUCUUAGAGAUGAGCCCCAGCUGUGGGAGAUGGUGUUCUUGCUCUGCAAAUGUGCAGGCAUCAUUGCUCCUCUGACUGAGAAGGGAGGACCAAAGUUUGUAGCAUUAAGAUGCUUCAUUGAAAUGAAGAACAGUGUGGAGCAGGGCAUAUGAAGGCAGCAUUGCCUUCUCUGGCUCAGCCAAGGAAGGACUAAAUGUUCUUUAGAACUCUCUGGCCAGUUUCUCCACCACCUCCUGGGCUUAACAGCGUUCGCUGCCCUACUUCCUAGCGCUUUCCUUGCGGAUUAUCCCUGUCCACAGCUGAAGGUGGCAUUGUUUGUUCUCCGUUGGACUAAUGCCAGAAGGUCUGUGUACAGGAUAUGGACUUCUUACUCAUGUGCUACUGUUGACUGGAUCAAAGCGUGCCCUGGAAUAGAGCUGACAUCCCAAAAUCCCAGUAGAAAGACUCCUACACAAACAGAAGUGCUGGUGUGAACAACAGCUCUCAAGCCUCUGGCGAGACUGGGAUCUACGGCUACUGCCGUUUAAUAUCUUAGUAGAGUUAGAAGGUAGUGGGUAGUUACUGUAUGUUGUGUUAGUGCUUUUGGCAUUUAGAAGCAGCUGCAUCAACUUGGGACACUGUGUGCAUUGUACCUACUGGCCAUGCAAAAUGUCUGUCAGGUAAGAAUAUUGGAAAUAGUUGAGCCAGGAAGCAUCACAACUGUAACAUUUUUUUUUUCCUAAGAAGUAAAUCAAAGGGAGAUGCAACAUCCAGCAGCAAAAUUCUGGAGCCUCCCAACAAUACAUGCCUGCCAAGCUGCUUUCAAUGUGUCCAAAAUAAGACACCGAGCAACUAAAACUUCUAUUUAAGAGAGGUCUUCCUAUUCAGGUGGAAGAGUUGGGCUCCAAGAGGGAAACUGUUUUUCUUGUGAGGCAGGAAAUGAUCGAGUACAGCCUGAGAGUAGCAUGACUUAGAUGGAGUGGUGCCAUGUGUGGGGAGCUGGAGCAUGGCAGGCUGUGGCUGUCACUCUCACCCUGCACAUCACUUGCAUGGGCAGCUGCCCUGGCUUCAGUGCAGCACUUUGGCUGUAGUUGCUGGAAUAGGUACGUGAAGCUUGAUUAUCUGUGUACUGGAGGUCACAUGAAUGUAUGCAUAGACUGAUUGUUGGUUUGGGGGGAGGGGGGUGGGGAAUUGUGUUUCUAGGAAAGACAAGUAAAACUUACCACAGCAAAAGCAAUCUUGCAGAAGAAGGUAAGGAAGGGUCUUCGAAAAGCAUUGGCCCGUCUGUGUUCGUCUCAGGUCCUAGGAACUUAGUUAUGACUCUGGGUCUGUAGAUAGCUGCCUGAUUAGUGUACGGUAAAAUGUCAUCUGGCAGUUGAGAGAAAUGAGUUACUGCAGUAUGUGAGAGCAGUUCUCUGAAGACUUCUUGAUGGGAGAAGCAGUUACAGCUUUCCAGAGGAGUUUUAAAUUGGGUGAGGUCAGGUUCUUCUGGUCCCCUGCUUAGCAGCUGCCUCUGCAAAACUUAAAACAGUGACCAACUUCUAGUUUUGCCAGUCAAUGUCUUCUGCUCCAACACAGAGCAAAGCCUGGGCGAGUGGCCACAUAAAAGCUUUCGUGCUACUUGGCACCUACUCCUGAAAGGGGAGCAAUUAAUAAGUUAUUUUCAUGCUUUUUGCUCCACCUUGCUGAAAGCGGACCAUGUAGAAAGUACAGACGUAGAUUAGGCCUCUACACCUCUUCUACAACUAAGUGAGAAGGGACAAAUGGAUGUCUCUGCCUGGCAAUGGCUAAAAAAAGGCUGUGGUCCCUUCUCAUCAUCAAGGUGCUGCAGGAGAAAUAUGGCCAGGCGCGCUUGAGGAGGUGAAUUUGUAGCAGGUGAAGUCUAGGUGGGAGUUGCCAGGGUGGCUUGAGGCUGGAACCAAGGCAGAGCAUCUGCUGUGCUGCCAGAAACCGACUGUGGCUGGUUGUGAAUGCGGGGGCUUCUGGGGAGAAGAGGGUGCUGAAAUGUUUGUACAGAGCUACAUCCCUAAGGACUGAAGGACAUCACAGCUGCAAGUGGCAGCUGAGCAUGAUUUGGGAUCAAAAGCCUGAGGCAUCACUUCAGACUCUGCUACUGAUCUGCUGAGAAAAAGCUCCAUCUCCUCAGGCCUCAGUUUCUUUAUCUGUUAAACUGUGAGAAAGGCCUUAGACUGACAUCAUCUCCCAUGGGAGACACUUAGCAAUGUUUUGCAGGGUUGGGAGUCGUGUUCCCCAGGGGGGAGCAGGCCAGGACUAAGACUGACUCCCUUUCUCUGGCAGAGAUGGACUCAAGCCCUGUGUUCAUAGAGCCCUCGCUUUUGAGGGUGAAGAAAGCUCAUCAUUUACAUAACUCUGCAUCAUCUUUUUUUACAUCUAAAUAUCUGGCAAACUGGAGCUGGUGAGAAAGGAGAGGCUCUGUCUGUCCUUAGCUGGCCUCUCCUUUGUGGUCAAGGGUUUUUAGUCGGGGUGAGGAGCAGGAAAAAAGGGGACACUUCAGUUUAUACCUCAUUUUAGCUGCUGUACCUGAGUUUAUUCUUUCUCCUCUGGUAAGAAAGUGACUGUACUUAACACCAAGCAAAUAGUGAAAAUUAAAGCCAUUUCACUUCACUGUCACAA